AUGUCGAGUAAAAAGCUUAACAGCCAUGAGGAGCAGGAUUCCUUACUAUUGCAGAACUCUAGGGAAUGGACAUCAUUGUUGAAGGAAGGUUUUGCCAUAAUGGUAUUAUGCUCGGCUCAGUUGAUGACCCAGGCAGGUCUAGCUCAGUCAAUAGUUCCACUUCAAAUUAUAGGUGAUAGCUUUGGAAUCAAGAAUCCUGGACAGCUGAGUUGGUUUGCUUCAGCAUUUUCUUUAACAGUGGGUACGUUUAUUUUGAUUGCUGGAAGACUUGGUGACACUUUCGGCCAUAAGAAGUUCUUUGUGAUGGGAUUUUUGUGGUAUGCCCUCUGGUCUAUACUCGCUGGGUUUAGCGUAUACUCAAAUCAAAUUUUUUUUGAUUGUUGCCGUGCAUUUCAGGGAAUUGGCCCUGCAUUUACUCUCCCAAAUGCCAUUGCGAUAAUUGCCCGCACUUAUAGGCCGGGGAGAAAACAAAAUAUGAUCUUUAGCUUAUUUGGGGCAUGCGCGCCAAGCGGAUUUGUUGUUGGGGCGGUGUUCUCUUCUCUUUUAAGUGAGUUCGCAUGGUGGCCUUGGGCUUAUUGGAUAAUGGGUAUUACAUGCUUCUUACUCGGAGUUGCCGGCUAUCUAGUUAUUCCACAUCAUCCUCCAAUACAUCCUGAUGAAAAAUGCAGUCUCGUGGAGCGUAUUGAUGUGGCAGGUUCAGUGACCGGUGUGGUGGGACUUAUUCUUUUCAAUUUCGCCUGGAAUCAAGGCCCCGUAGUGGGGUGGGAAACUUCUUAUACAUAUGCCUUAUUAAUUGUUGGAUCAGCCUUCCUUGCCGCGUUUGGUUUCAUCGAAUCACGUGCUAAACAUCCACUACUUCCGGUGCGUAAACUUUCGAGUGACACCAUCUUUGUGAUGGGAUGUAUCGCUGCGGGAUGGUCCAGUUUUGGUAUUUGGGUGUACUACACGUGGCAGCUAAUGGCGAAUCUCAGAGAUCAGCCCCCCCUAUUGUCUAGUGCUCAAUUCGUCCCUGUAGCAAUAAGCGGACUUUGCGCAGCAAUGUCAACCGAGUUUCUUUUAACACGUACAUCGCCAAGCACAGUUAUGAUCAUCGCCAUGAUCGCUUUCACCGUAGGAAGCAUCUUAGUUGCCACAGUUCCAGUUUCUCAAACGUAUUGGGCUCAAACUUUUGUGUCAAUUAUUGUGAUGCCUUGGGGAAUGGACAUGUCCUUCCCUGCGGCAACAAUCAUUCUUAGUACCGCAAUGCCUGCAAGUCACCAAGGUCUAGCAGCAUCCCUAGUUAACACAAUAAUUAAUUACUCGAUUUCAAUUGGUCUUGGGUUUGCGGGAACAAUUGAAUCUCAAAUCAGUGAUGGAGAAGAUGAUCUAUUGAAAGGGUAUCGAGGCGCUUACUAUAUGGGCAUCGGGCUUGCAGGUCUUGGGCUUGGUGUUGCAAUUUCAUAUGCAAUAUUCCAUUACUCAAGACUCAAAAGGUCUCUCUCUGAAAAGUAUGUGUAG